AACACACAUUCACCUAUGGGGAAAAUCAUCCUUAUUCUAAAGUGAACGCCGCAGCAAAAAAAAGUUAUUGUACAAGUUUCCACAUCUAAAAAUUUUAUCAUCGUUACGGCAUACCCAUUUUAGUGAACCGGAAAUCUUAGUGCAAUUAUUGAAUCAAAGGAAGGGAAGAAAUAAGAAAUAAAUAUUAAACCUGGAAUAGGGUAUAUUAGCGAAUAUGAAUAGUCUAGGCGAUGAUUGCAAUGAAUUGAAGCGAAAGUACGAUGCUUGCUUUAAUUUAUGGUUUUCCGAACGGUUUUUAAAAGGCGAUCAUGACGAUAGCAUGUGUGCUCCAAUUUUUAAAGUUUAUCAGGAGUGUGUAAAGAAAGCCAUGCAGGAACAGAAGAUAGAAUUGCGUGAGAUCGAGGCCGAAUACAAUACUGGUGAUUACGAUACGAAAUCCGAACAUAGUAAGAGCUGACCUUUACUCGACAGUGAUUAUAGCGAUGACUACGCCUUUCAAGAUGAGUCGUUACCUACAUCCAGCAAGACUAAAAAGUCAUUUCUAUCUCACAAAAGGGGUAGUUCAAUAUAAUUUGAGGCUAUAAGCUAGUCAUGGUGUUACGUUUGUAUGCAUAAAUGCAUAAGUAUGCUCUAUAUUCCUAAAGUUCAAAAUGUACAAAACUAGAUUACGUUAUAAAUUUCUUCGAAAUGCACCCAAUAAGCAAAAUAACGUUAAUUUAUUGCUUGAUAAGAGUGUAUAUCAUAGAUAUAAUUGUGUUAUGAUUUUAAGAAAUAAAUGUUGAACCUGUAGUGGGGGAAU